AUGUCAAAUAAAAACCAUUUAAUAAAUCCAAGGCCACCAAGUUAUGGUUCGAUUCCUUCACAUGGACAUCCGCAAGGAGAUAUUAUGGAACCACGACUAUCUCUGCCUCCGGCAUUUUUGGUAAAAGUUAAAAUUUCAACUAGUGGAGUUUUAACAUUACUUCUCGUCGGAUUCACUGAAGAAAUUGUAAGACUUGUAUGGUUAUUUUACGCACUUGAAGAUGCUUCGACUGGUAACGAUGUCUAUCAAGAUUUUUUGAUAGCAUACUGGUUAGGUUUAGGCUGGGCCACCGCAGAAGCAAUUUACUUUAUUAUACAAAAUUUUAUUGCGGUCAGAUGGUACAAGGAAGAAGCUGGACUGAAUGGUCCAUAUGCAGAGGAAAGACUGGAAUUAGAAGAGAUUUUGGGAAGACCAUUGACCAAAGUAUCAGCUUGGUGGGGUGUUAUGUGGAGGGUCACUUGGAUUCUUGCGCAUAUUGGUUUUAGCUGUUGGAUAGCAUUUGAAUCAAUACUUGUUUACCCAGCGGCGAUGGUUCAUGGAUUAUUGCAUGUUGUUUGGGGAUACUGUUUACCAGUAUUUGGAAUUCCGACUGUUAGUUAUGUAACAUUGGUUUUAACGCUGGCUAUGUUUUUGAUUGGAUUGGCGUUGUUUGGACUAAUCGUUUAG